AUGGCAAUCAUAACUUUGAUAACAUUUGCCCCAUCGGCGACAGUCUUAACAAUUAUUCUUCUGGUCAUUCCUACGGUUGUACUAGCCCACUUGAUUUGGCGUCUGAUUUCAAGUCAUGGUCUGCCCAACACUCUGCCGUGGGUAGGAAUGGGUAAUCAUGUCACCCCGAUUGCAAGGAUCCGUGCAAAUUUGGCCAGCUUUUUCAAUCUCAAGGACCUUCUUGAUGAAGGUUACAACCAAUUUUCCAAAAACGAAAAGGCCUAUGUUCUUCCGUAUUUCAUUAAUGGCCAUCAAGUCAUUCUUCCCCGUUCUCAGCUGCAGUGGCUGCUCCAACAGCCUGACUCCGUCUUGAGUCAAGAGCACGUAAACCGUCAAUUCCUCCAGGCCGAGCACACUUUCUUUCACGCAAAUCUGGUAAAGAAUCCGGUACAUAUGGAGGUGGUCAAUCAUGAACUCGCAAAGCUUCUCGGCACUUUUACUGGGGAAAUGGUGGAUGAAACUCGGGCCUGCCUCGAAGACCUUUGGGGUUCGGACGCAGGAAGUUGGCGAGAAGUGAAAUUGUAUGAAAGUAUGCUGAGUUUGAUUGCACGUCUGUCAACUCGCGUCUUCAUUGGGCAGCCCCUGUGCCAUGACCAGGACUUUCUCGGGGCCUGUAGCUCCUUUAACAGGAAUGUUGCGCUCUCUGCCGCAGCAUUGAGUGUUUUUCCAUCAUUCUUGAGACCUCUGUUUGCUCCUUUUGUCACCUAUUAUGACUAUUUGCAGUAUCAAAAAUGCUGUCGAUAUAUCAUGCCCAUAAUUAAAGAACGAAUCAACAAGAUCCAUUGUGCCGACAAGUUGUCUACAUUUGACCAAGAACCUUGUAAUGACUAUAUCCAAUGGGCAAUUGACCAUGCCCUGAACCGGCCUGUUGUUUCUCUGGAAGAGUUGGACCCCAAAGUCAUCUCGUGCCGUUUCAUAGUGCUCUGCUUUGCGGCCAUCCAAUCAUCAGUUAUUACAUUGACUAAUUGCAUAUUUGAUAUCGCUGCCACAUCCAACUGUGUAUCGACAUGCAAUUUAAUGCGCCAAGAGGUGGUCAAUGAGACGAUGAAAGCAGGAUGGUCAAAGUCAAGUCUUGCUCGCAUGAGGCACAUUGAUUCCUCUUUACGGGAGAGCUUGCGACUCAACGGCUUCAUCGAGCGGGGCAUCAUGAAAAUGGUUGUAGCUCCCAAAGGUGUAACGCUACCGAAUGGAUCGCGAAUUCCCUGCGGCACCAAAGUAGGAAUUUCAGGCUACAGCGUUCAUCACGACGACAGUAUCUACAAGAGCGCCAGCACAUAUGAUGCGUUCCGGUUUGUGGGAUCGAGGAGUGAGAGCCCUCUGGCUCUUGUCACCACGAGCGACAAAUUCAUGGGCUUUAGCCAUGGUUCGCAUGCUUGCCCGGGGAGAUUCUUUGCGGCAAAUCAGUUGAAGAUUGCGCUUGCUCAUAUUCUCUUGCACUAUGAGAUUGAGCCAAUCUCGAAGCGACCGGGGAAUCAAUGGUUCUUUGGGCAUAUAGCGCCUCCAUUGCGUGAUACUAUUCGAGUGAGACGACGAAAGAUGUAG